AUGAUGAGCACCACCACCGAGGGGACAGAAACCCCUAACCCUCCACCACCUACUUCUCUUGAUCUAUGGUCACAAAUCGUCGCUGAAGAAAACCAAGAUUACGGCAAUCAAAUUGACGUCGUUUUCAGAAGAAGAAAGCCUCGCAACGACCCAAAUAAUGCCAACUCAAUAGUUUCCGAUGAUAUUCCCCGGCGUCCGAGUCGGGUGAGUUUUGCUGACCCAAAUAAGCGAAUUAGUUGGAAACGCUCUCUUUCCACCAGAGGGAGAAUAAGUAUAGCUGUUGGUGCUUCUAUGGUUUAUCAGCCUGAGCUAAAGAAAGAUAAAAGAAAAGGCAAACCACCUGCUAUUCCCAAAAGUAAGAAUGUUAAAGCUCCCAACUUUGACAAGGAAAGAUUAUACUUUCAAGAGGUUGAUGCUUUUGAGUUGAUGGAGGAGAGCCCCUCUCCAAAGAAAGUUGGCACUUGGAUUAUAGGCUAUAAUGCGGAAGAGGUCCCAUUACCAUCACUAUGCUCUAGAUUGGAAAGAUGGUUACACUCCAGAAGAUUAAACCUCAGAUGUCGUCCCUCAAGCACACUAUCCAAAAUCCUUGAUACCCCAACAAUGAAUUUAGAAGAUAGAUUGAGAUCGUUGGAUCAAAGUGGGCUAAGCAAUUCACAAUUGAGUAACUUCAAAUCUGGAGAAAGUCAAAGAAGUUUAAACAAUGCGAGUCUUAUUGAGAGUGAAGGUUGUGAGGAUGUAGAAGCUGGUCUAAAGAAACUUUCUCUGACAUCAACAACAUCCUCAAUAUAUGAUGAUAAUCCAUUUUCUGUUCUAUUAGAAAUUUGUGGGCAGUCCGCACCUUCUAUGUUACAAGAUUUGUUCUCUAGGUAUAGUGGUUCUGAAACAGUUGUGAAAGUUGGCGAAGGAACAUAUGGAGAAGCUUUCAAGGUUGGGAAUUGUGUAUGCAAAAUUGUUCCUUUUGAUGGGGAUCUUAGAGUGAAUGGAGAAGUCCAAAAGAAAUCAGAAGAAUUGCUGGAGGAGGUGCUUCUUUCCAAAACUCUGAAUCAAUUGAGAGGAGGUGAUGGAGUUUUGAAUAAUAAUCUAUGCAGAACAUUCAUAGAAUCCAAAGAAUUUAGGGUGUGCCAAGGUCUAUAUGAUGAGGUUCUGGUUCGAGCAUGGGAAGAUUGGGAUCGCAAGCAUAAUUCAGAGAAUGAUCACCCAAAUGAGUUCCCAGAGCAACAGUGUUACAUGGUCUUCGUGCAACAACACGGCGGCAAGGAUCUUGAAGGUUUUGUGCUCCUUAAUUUCGGCGAGGCAAGGACUUUACUGGUUCAGGUUGCAGCUGGGCUUGCUGUGGCCGAGUCUGCCUAUGAAUUCGAACAUCGAGAUCUUCACUGGGGAAAUAUACUUCUCAGUCGAAGUGAUGAUUCAGCAAAGUUGCAGUUCACUCUCGAUGGAAAAAACUUAUUAGUCGAAACCUAUGGAUUGAUGAUAUCUAUUAUUGACUUUACGUUAUCUAGAAUGAACACUGGUGAUAGCAUACUGUACUUAGAUCUUUCUUCCGAUCCCGACCUAUUCAAAGGACCAAAAGGAGACAAACAGUCAGAAACAUAUCGGAAGAUGAAGGAAGUAACCGAAGAUUGGUGGGAAGGAAGUUUUCCUAAAACAAAUGUGUUAUGGUUGGUCUACUUGGUAGACAUACUACUCACGAAAAAAACAUUUGAACGAACUUCGAAGGACGAGAGAGAUCUACGAUCAUUGAAGAAACGUCUGGACAAGUAUAAUUCAGCCAAGGAAGCAGUUUUUGAUCCUUUCUUCACUGACUUGUUUGUUGAGUCAGACCCAAUGGCUUAA